CUCAAGAAGGGUGAAUACUGUGAACUGUACUUCUUCACCAACAUUGGCUUAGCAGAAGCAGAAACAUUCAACCCCUUGAUAGAUGAUGAGGCUUUGACCCUACUCAAAGCUGACAAUGGCCAGCACAUCUGGGUACCAGCAUCAACCACCAGAGAUAAGUCAUCCAUUAUAAAAGAUGAGGACCUAACCUGGGAACAGUUUGGAGAAGCAUCCAUCUGUCUGAUAAGUGCUAUGAAGGAACAUGAUUGGGAGGAAGAGAGGGUUGACAUGCACAUAGAUUUUUGGAUGGCCAUUGAAGCCCAUCCCUGGCAUCAUUCAAUGCAUGUGCAUCUGAAGAAAGCACUACUUCUCUACCAAAGCAAGGAGAGACAGAGAUGGCAUCAUACCCUUUCAACACUCAACACCUGGUUGCUAUCUGAAUUGAACCAAGAUCUACUGAAUGAUGCUCAUGAAGAAAUAUUG